AGGGAAGUAGAUGCUACGUGUACUUCCUGGCCCCUCUAAACCGCUAGCUAUCAGCUCUGCUUGGAGAGCUAAAGGUGUGAGGCAAAACCGUGCGGAGCUGAAAUGGAAUAGCAAGUUUGCUAGCUAGCUUGGCAACCAGCUUUUCGAGAGUUAGCUAGCUAGCUAGCAAAACAAAGUGUAGCACUAUUCCAGGUUGAUUCAUUUUGAGAGUCAGAGUAUCACUCGUUGCAAAAUUUAAGAUAGCUUUAGCUAAUAGUCGUAAGUUUUAUGGCUGGCAGGUCAGACUUUACUACUGGCUAACGUUUAGCUAACUUGUUUUACCUGUGGAACCUCGACCAACGGUUUCGCUAGUUAGUUAGCUAGCUAGCAUUCUUGCUACAAUGAUCAAAUGUUUGAUUCACGUCUAAUGAAGGAUAUCACUGGAGGCACUUAAAAACUUACAAAAACAAGGAGACAUAGGAUAAGAAGUGAAAAUGAAGAAACAAUUUAAUCGGAUGAAACAACUCGCCAACCAAACUGUUGGGAGAGCUGAGAAGACAGAAGUUCUUAGUGAUGACCUUUUACAGAUCGAGCGGCGUAUGGAGAUGGUGCGGGCGGUCUCUCACAACACGCACAAGAAGCUCAUCACCUGUCUGCAGGGCCACCUCGGCACCGAUGCAGAGAAGAGACACAAGAAACUCCCCCUCACGGCUCUAUCGCAGACCAUGCAAGAUGGAGGAACCCAGCUGGGAGAAGAGUCUUUGAUUGGUAAGAUGAUGGAGGUGUGUGGGGAGGCAGAGAACCACCUGGCCUCUGAGCUGAUGCUGCACGAGGUACAGAUCGAAAAGGACGUCCUGGACCCCCUUAACCAGCUGGCAGAGGUUGAUAUUCCCAACAUCCUGAAGCAGCGAAAGCAGCUGGCCCGGCUGGUGCUGGAUUAUGACUCCGCUAAAGCUCGAUGCUUUCAGGCAACCAAGUCAGUAAUCUCAGGAACAAACACUCAAGCACUGACAGCCAAGGUGGACUCUCUCAAAGAGGAGGUGGAUGAAGCUAAGAACAAAGUGGAGCUCUGCAAGGACCAGCUGGCUGCAGACAUGUACAACUUCUUUUCAAAAGAAGGGGAUUAUGCCCGCUAUUACGUCAUGUUAUUGGAAGCACAAGCCGAUUACCAUAGAAAAUCUUUAGCAGUGCUGGAGAAUGUGCUGCCAACCAUCCAAGCACAGCAAGACAGCUGGACUGAAAAGCCUGCGUUCGGGACGGCGCUGGAGGAGCACCUGAAGAGGAGCGGGCGGGAGAUCGCUCUGCCCAUGGAGGCGUGCGUGAUGAUGCUGCUGGAGACCGGCAUGAAGGAGGAGGGCCUGUUCAGGAUUGCAGCAGGGGCCUCCAAGCUGAAGAAGCUGAAGGCGGCGCUGGACUGCUCCACCUCCCAGUUGGAGGAGUUCUACUCUGACCCUCACGCUGUGGCUGGUGCCCUGAAGUCCUAUUUGAGAGAAUUGCCAGAGCCUUUAAUGACCUUCCAGCUGUAUGAGGAGUGGAUACACGCAUCCAAUGUGCCUGACCAAGACAAAAGGCUGCAGGCAUUGUGGGUGACAUGUGACCAAUUGCCAAAGAACAAUAAGGCAAACUUCAGGUAUUUGGUGAAAUUCCUGGCCAAGCUUGCCCAGGACAGUGAAGUCAAUAAGAUGACCCCCAGCAACAUUGCCAUUGUUUUGGGACCCAAUCUGUUGUGGGCCAAAACUGAAGGGAGCCUGGCUGAGAUGGCUGCCGCUACCUCUGUGCACGUGGUGACCAUUAUCGAACCCAUCAUCCAGCAUGCUGACUGGUUCUUCCCUGAGGAUGUGGAGUUCAACGUGUCGGGCAUGUUCGCUAUGCCCACCCCUCUCGCGAACCACACCAACCAUCUGAGCACCCCUGACUUUGACUCGGGCACCAUAGAGAGAAAGCGGCCAGGCAGCAUGGUGGUGCCGGAGGGCGACGGUCCUCGCAAAGACAGCCCUGCUAACAAAUUGUCGGAGCACACCCCUCGUAGAGCCGGCACUCUAAAUAGAAAGCAGCAUGCUUCGCCCGCCUUCCAGCCCCCCCUGCCCCCGGUGGAGGCCGGGGGGGCUGUGCUGGUACAGUGCGGUACCGAGCUUCAGCCCCCGCAGCAGGCCCAGCCCGCGGGCUUCAGCCCUGAGGCUGCUCAGCCCAGCGCUGCUCUGGCCUCAGCUCCAGCGGCUGUGCAGCUGCUUCUAGGCCAGCACUCUGAGGAGAACAGCUCGCUGAAGCCUCGUGACCCUGGCUCCACGCCGCCUCCUCAGAGGAACGGAGGGGCAGGAGUGCAGCCGGGCGCCCCCAGUGCAGCCCCUGGCCCCGGGCAGCUGGGCGUGGUGGCCCCGCAGGCUGGCUCAAUGGGCCCCAGUCCCCACAUGAUGCGCAAAGGUACCAAGAAGCCUGCUCCUGCUCCACCUAAACCAGUGAACCUCCCUCCAGGACCACACAGUGGUCAGACACACUCAUCUUCAGCAGCCAGUCAGCCUUCAGUGCAGCCUCCCAAACCUUCCUCCGGCCACUCCCCUACCAACCAGAGCCCCGGGCCUCAGCCCUCCGCCACGCCCCGCCGCCAUUCCAGCAACCAGCCGCCGAUCCAGGCCCCCAGCCACCCUCCCCCCCAGCCUCCCUCCCAGGUCACCCCCCCGCCCCACACCAAAGCCAUGAGUCAGGCCGCAGGGGAGGGCGGAGCGGAGCAGUCUCCCCCCAGCACCCCGACCCCGCCCGACACCCCCCCUCCAUCCGCCGCUCCCCCCGACAGCCCCUGCGUCACAGCCUUCCCGCCGUUCCAGUCCGGCUCCCUGCCGCGCCCGCGGCCCGUCCCCAAACCCAGGAACCGGCCUAGUGUGCCCCCGCCCCCUCAGCCCCCUGCCCCCAGCAACGACAGCACCAACGGCAUCUCCGGCUCCGCCUCAAAGGUCAUCACUGAUUCCACUGUGGCUCUGAAAAGGCUGAGUCGUGCCUUGAUCCCAGAGCUUGCUGCGGAGCAGCAGGCCACAGGCCCUGCCAGCCAGGAGUCUUCCAUCACCCCACCCAAGGACACAGAUCUGGACUCAGAGAGUACCGCCCUGUAAGGAACACCUGCCCCUGCUUCUGAGAUGCCACUCUCUCCAAAGCCUCCCAAACAGCCAAUCAUGUACCCCGCUGCUCUGUCCCCCAUACCCACACGUACCUGAAGCCACCGCCACAUUUCCACUGUGUGCUACAUUCCUGCAGCGAGAGCACCAGACAAUCAAAAGGCCACAGCAGCCGGGAAUCCUCAUUCUGCAGCUCUGAGGAGGCUUUACAAAAGCUGCUGGUUAUACUGGGCAAUGAAUUUAUGCAAUAUGAAGUUUGGAAAUCAAACUGAUCAAGUGUAUGAAUGGGACCGCUUCAUCUGGGGUGGUUCUGUUGACAUUGGCUUGUAUGUUUUGGACAGAAAAAAAUGGCUUUUUCGUUUCAUUGAAGUAAGGUGGCCUUUAUUGUACCUUUUCCAUUUUUGGGAUGCAUUUAUUUUUUUGCUAAGCAUAUGACCUCUUGAUGUAGCUAAUAUUUUAAAACAAUGUAAGUACAGGAGAAGGAGGGUUGUGAAAGUAGAAACCAAAAACCGUAUUGCUGUAAGUGUAACUGGUGACUGCAGGUUUCCAGUUGUCAGUUCAUACAGUUUACGCCUGUCCUCUGCUCAUUUAAUCUAUUUAUUUCCAUGGACACAUUCCCUGUGACUGAAGUGUUAAUCCUUUUUUUGUUUCUUGCACCAUGUGGGUUAUUGAUACCACUAUAUUGUAAGUAGCGGUACAUGCUGAUAAUCGCUUACAGGGGAUAUACAAAGAACAAAUGGACUCUUGGGAGUGUUAUUGAUGAUGUUAUGCUUACGUCUAGAACCUCAUUGCCAUUUGAUAAUAACCCACUUGUCAUGGCAACAAUGUGACUGGUUAGAUGACGGUAAAUGUAGGACAUGAUUGGUUCUUCCUGAAUCAAAGUAGUAACCAUUGCAUUCAUGAAAACUGCACAUUAGCAGAAUUCAAACCCAAGGGACGCACUCUUAACAUUUUCAGGCACCUCACUGAGGUCUUUCCUUGGUUCCACUAAGCUGUUUUUGUUUUUUUAUAUAAUUAACAGACACAAUUGUAAAACAGUGAAGUGGUGAAAAAUUCUUCAGGCUACAAAGCCUCUUAGGCUUUUGUUCUAUAUAAAGCCAGUACUCAGUGCUCAGUGACCAGAUCCAAAAUGGUACCAAGUCUUGGCUGCCUUGAUGACUCAUCAAAGAUUAUUUGUACAUUUCUCAGUUCUCUUAAUGGCCAUCUUCCAAAAAAUAUUUUGCCUGUUGAAAUCCUCUUUUCCUUGCUGCCUUAUACAUUUAUAUUAAGUGCACUUCGCUGUCUUGCCUUGGUCUGCACAUGAGACCUUUUUGUAAAGGCUCACAAAAAUGAACAAUGAUAUUCAUAGAAUUGUUUAUGCUGCAUUUAAGCCCAGCAGUCUUUCUAAUAAUAUAUAAAUUUACAAAAAUGUAUAAUGCUUGGUAAUACUCCUUUUCAAAAUAAAGAAAAUCCUUUGAAAUACA